AUGGCGUGGUUCUCGUAUCUUCGAAAACUCACAAACUCCUUCCCUUCCUUCUCCCUCCCCCGCACUCUGAGAUAUCGAGACUCAAGCUCCGGCCAACUUCACGACGACAAGGUAGAUUGGGGCAUAAUCUUGGAGGGCCUCUCGCAAUGGCUCAUCAAAGCCCAAAUUCAGACGGUCCCUUACUCAAACCGCAUCCACCUGAUCAUCCCGCCUCUCGAGUAUGAGACGCGGCACGGCGAGCUUCUAUUCAGGGAGGAAGUGAGCAAGUACAUGACCAUGAACGAUAUCCUCCCUCUGACGCACCCCACGGUUGUCAAGGUGCAGUCCAUAGCAAAAAAGAUUUUCGGCGUCCUGGAUUCCGAGCUGGGGAUAAACGGGGCGACUUCGACAGCGAAGGAGAGGGAGGUUUCCUUGCCCUCGCUUCACCAGUCCACGGAACACUUGGAAGGCAUGGAAUGGGAAGUUGUUGUAGCGAGGGAAGAACGUAUCAACGCUUUCUACCAUCCGGGUGGCAAGAUCCUGGUCUUGACGGACCUCUCCGGCGAAUUUGGAACCGAUGCAGAUAUAGCAGCGGCCAUUGCGCAUGAGGUGUUGUCAGGCUUUCGAUCGAUCUUGUGUUGGCCAUGCUGUGGCAAGGCAUGCUGCGGACGACUUCAACGAUCUCCUGUUUGCAGAAGUGCAGAAGUGGCUGAUGUUCUUGUGAAGCUGCCUCUGAUCGAUCGUCUGCUUGCGAUACUGGCUGAAGUUCUUGCGAACGUGCCUCUGAUCGGGACCCCACGAUUACUUUAUCCAUUGGAAUUACCCAUCGGGGAACUCAUCCUCAAGUGGUUCUCCCGCAGGCGGGAGAAAGAAGCUGAUGAUAUUGGAAUGUUGUUAUGUGCUUCAGCUGGAUAUGACCCCUUUGACGUGCUGAAGGUUUUCCAGAAUGACAGAGAUUCACAAGAUUAUUUCUCUACACAUCCAUCAGGAGAGACAAGAGCAAUGUCUUUAUCUCGGCCCAAAAUAAUGAAGCAGGCUCUAGAUAGAUAUGAGCUGCCCAAGAAUUGCCAAACUCUUCCUUAA